AUGAGCAUUUCGGAAGAGAUUUCUUUCUCGAAAAUGAGAAAUUUCCGAGACAUCGGAGGAUUCUUAGCAUCAAAUGGUAAGAAAGUCAAGAAAAAUAUCUUCUUUAGAGGUCCUGCUCUUGAUAAUUUAAGGACCAAAGAAGAUUUCGAAAAAUUUAAGAGUUUCAAUAUCAAAACUAUAUACGACUUACGAUCUGAUAGCGAAAGAAAAGUUAGACCAGAUCCAAUAUUUCCUGGUGUAAAGCAAAUUGGAAUAUCAGCUUUGCAAAAUUGUCCAAGCAGUAAAAUAGAUGUCACAAUACACUACAUUAGGACUCUUAAUCGCGAGCAGAUUGCAGAACUCAAUAAAAUGACAGCAGAAAGAUACAAAUACAUUCCUUUCAAAAAUAAAGCAUACCAAAUGAUUUUUGAUGACAUAAUUGAUAAGAAUGUACCAAUCUUAUUCCAUUGCUUUGCAGGAAAGGAUAGAACAGGUUUAAUUUCUGCUUUCAUUUUAUCAAUGCUUGGUGUUCAAUAUGAAGAGAUAGUUAAAGACUACCUAAUUACGAAUACCUACAUGAAAUAUGCCGUUGACAGAGUUAAGCGUCAAUUAGAAAAAGUCCUUCCUCCUGGCAGCGAUGAUGUCAUAGCCAAAUUCGCUGGUGCACAGAGAAGUCAUCUUGAUACCGCUUAUGAAACGAUUUACAGUCGUUAUAAGGAUUUCGAUUCUUUCCUUGAAGAUAACUAUGGAAUCACACCACAAAUCAAGGACAAAUUGAUGGAAACAUACCUUGAAUAG